ACCGUACCGCGUUUUCCUUAACCCGCAAAGAAUCUCUCUGUCUUCCACAGUUUUCUCCCUCUGCUACACCUCUCAUCCUUUCUCUCUCUACUCCUCACGCACUCUCUCACUUCAUAACCUCACGAAAUCCCAGUUUUCCUUCCCAAUUUUAAUUCAGCGCUCUUCACAAACCCUUCUUUUCAAAAUUUUCUCUCCUACCCGCUUAUAUAUAUAUAUACACACAUACGAUACACACAUAUAUACAUAUAUACUCACACAGACAUUGCUUAAUAUAAUUUUUGUAAACCAUGGCCGAACAUUCCGGUGAUUCGAACUACAUCGAGAAGCUAUACGAGUACGGGGAACGGCUCAACGAGGCCGAAGACAAGUCACAGAACAUUAAGGACUAUGAGGGCAUACUCCAGGCGGCCGGAGGCAGUAUAAAGGCCAAACAAUUGGCUGCGCAGUUUAUUCCCAAGUUCUUCAAGUACUUCCCUACCCUUUCGGUCCGAGCUAUCGACGAGCAUUUUAAUUUGUGCGAGGAUGAGGAGCUUGGGGUUCGAGUACAAGCUAUUCGUGGGCUUCCAUUUUUCUGCAAGGAUACACCAGAACAUCUGUCUAAAAUUGUUGAUGUACUUGCACAGCUCCUUAUAGCGGUGGAAAAUGUGGAGCGGGAUGCGGUGCAUAAAGCCCUUAUGUCUUUAUUGCGGCAGGACAUAAAGACUUCCUUAACGGCUUUGUUUAAGUGUAUUGCAAGCUCUGAGGAACCUAGCGCCGAUGAAACCAUUCGUGAAAAAGUUAUAUACUUUAUCAGAGAUAAGGUGUUUCCUCUUAAAGCUGAACUCUUGAAGCCACAAGAUCAAAUGGAGAGACACAUAACUGAUUUGGUGAAAAAAAGUUUGCAAGAUGUAACUGGGGUAGAAUUUAAAAUGUUCAUGGACUUCUUGAGAAGCUUGAGCUUAUUUGGACAGAAUGCUACUGCAGAACGUGUUCAAGAACUUGUUGGAAUCAUUGAAGGACAGGCUGAUCUAGAUGCACAAUUCAAUGCUUCAGAUGGUGAUCACAUUGACAGAUUAAUAAGUUGCCUAUACAUGGCUCUUCCUUUUUUUAAGAGGGGUGCAUCAAGCAGCAAAUUUCUCAACUAUUUGAACAAACACAUUCUACCUGUGUUUGAUAAGCUUCCUGAAGAACGAAAAGCAGACUUGCUCAAGAACCUUGCUGAAUCUUCACCUUGCAUAACACCGCAGGAUUCCCGCCAGCUUCUUCCAUCUAUUGUUCAACUUCUAAAGAAGUGCAUGAUUCGGAGAAAGAUUGAAGAAAUGAACUUUACUUAUGUCGAAUGCUUGUUGUAUGCCUUUCACCAUUUAGCUUACAAGACUCCUAAUGCCACAAAUAGUCUAUGUGGCUACAAGAUUGUCACUGGCCAACCGUCAGAUAGGCUUGGUGAGGAUUUCUCGGAGUGCUAUAAAGACUUCACAGAAAGGUUGAGUACCAUUGAGGAUUUAGCUAGAACUAUGAUUAAAAAAUUGACCCAAGGGAUGGUAGAACACAACAAAGCGAUGGCAGCUGCUAAAAAUGAUGAUGAGAAGGAUAUUGUUAAGAAGCAAAAACAGAAUUCAACGAUUGGGCUUCGAGCCUGCAACAACAUACUGGCAAUGACCCAGCCACUGCAUACAAAAUUACCUUCGUUUAUUGGGGAUCAGAAAAUUAACUUGUCAUGGAAAGAAGCAGUGAGACGUUCAGUGCCAUCAACCACUGCUGUUGCCGGUCAGAAACGUACUGCCACUGCUGCAGCUGCUGCUGCUAAUGGUUCGAGCAAUUAUGCAAUCAAAAAGGGUCGAGGAGCAGGUGGCAUACCAAACCAACUUGUCAACAGGGUACUGGAAGGUUUACAUCGUGGUGGCAGAACUGGUGGAAGAGGGAGAGGCUGGGGUGGACGCGGAGGAGGAAGGGGUUAUCGUUAACAUCACGGUUCACAUUCAAUUGAGGUGUAUUACUACGAAAAGUUAUCGAAAUAUAUUCAUUUCUUUUCUCUUGGGCAGUUAGGUUUUCUUGUAGGCAUUUAACUACGUUACAUGUUGCCAUGAGUAGUUUGUUAAAUUAAUUAUACUUCACACCGCUAACACAAUUGUUUAUUAAAUUUCUCUGUUCUCGUUAACUGACAUAUGUAAUGAUAAUUACUAGGUUCGGUGAA